GUUGAAACAAUCACCUCAAGUUUCCAUAUCUUUUAUCUUUGAAAGAAACAUUCUUUGCUCCUCUUUGGAAACAUACUUAACAUUGUAAGACGCCAAUGCUUUCAGAAUUAUUCUGGCAUCUCCGUGAAUUGAAGUUUAAUCUCCUGGAUGCUUCUGACUGAAACACAGGUGAAGCUGAACGUUGAGGUGACAAGAUGCAAUCAGUUUGGAAUCCCCGUUUUCCGGAAGGUAAACCCCAAAACAGUCUUGCAGCAAAAGGAUUCCGUAGUGUCCGACCAAAAUUCCUUAGACCGAGCAGCAAAUCACCAGUGCAGCCUUCAAUCAACAAUGGGAUGGUGGAGAUCAGAAAAAACAACCAUAAUGCAAGGUCAAAAGAGGCUUGCUUUUCAGCAAUAUCUCAAUCCAACAUCCCAUGUGGUACUGAAACAGAAGAUGUACCUUCUGCUUUUGGUCCUAAUCUCAAUGUGCCUUGCAUUUCGGAAAGUGAAAGCCAACCUACUCCAGUCAGCCCAUCAUGCAAGAUCUUCCGUAACACACACAUAGACAACUCUGCAUCUUCAGCUGAGCCUAGGCAACUAGGAGGCACCAAGACAGAAGGACUGCAGAUCACAGAGAUCGAUUCACUUGAUAUCGAUGUAGAUUCAGUCUACAAAGACAACCUGCGAACAGUUAGUGAAAAGAUGAUCAUCAGGUCGUCUUCUAAUGCUCUGUUGACUUCAGAAGAGAAAAGAUCACCACCUUUAAUAGCAAAAAAAGUUUUAGUUGAAGAUGAACCAAAGACCUGGUAUAAAUCGAUGUUUAAAGAUGAUUACAAUGCACUGAAAGCAGAUAAAUCUGGGGUAUCUCCUAUAGUUGAUGCCAGGAAGAAGACAUGGGAGCCCAAUUCAUCAAAACAGCCUUUUUUCAAUUCUACCACAGGCUAUCCAUCAAGAUCUCAACUAACCGGACCACUGCCCUAUAAUUCAUCAACAAGGAAUAACUGCACAAUUAAACAGGCACUUUCAUCAGAACCACUCAGCAGUUCUAAUGGUGAAAAGCAACAUUGUAACCCUCAAUCACAAUAUCUACCUUCCAGCAUUCCUAAUAGCGAAAAUGUUCAAAAUUACUCCAUCCCUUUCUCAGACAACCUUCAUGAUUCCUGGGAUUGGAAUUUGAAAAAUUAUGCGACCCCUGCAAGCGAUUAUCAGGCUACAAAAUCUACAGAAGUACCCUGCAAUCUUUUGGCAGCAAAAGAACUUUAUUCUCUCUGUUCUACUGAAGCUACUGCUGAAGAGUGCAAUCGGUCACAACCAAAUACAAAAUUUGAUACCUGUGGCUAUCACGUUGAACCAAAAAGUGUAUUUGAUUACAAGCCUGGAAAGUCAUCCAUUUUAGAUCAUGACCAUUCAAGACCAAUACACAGCAACACUUCAGGAGCUGCAUUUCUCAGUAAAUCUAGAUCACUCCCGAUGUUGGCAGAAUCAGCUGGUCAGCUGACUAUCAAUGAAACCAGGCGAUGCAAUGGUUCAGACAUAGAUCUACCUCAGCUGAAGUUCAUGGAAAUCCAACGCUAUUCAUCUGCUGAUCAAAUCUCCAUAAACAGUGAAAAUGCAGAACUGCCCCUGGCUGAUGCACCCAAACCUUCAGAUCAGCAUUUCCAGUCCCAAAAGCCAAAGGUGACAGAGGAGACACGUGAUCAAAGACAGCAACUAAAAAUGGAAUUGACUGUAAGAGCGAAGUAUGACUUCCAUGGUCAAACGUCAAAAGAAUUGCCUGUCAGAAAGGGAGACAUCAUCUUCAUCCACAGACAGAGGGAUCACAACUGGUAUGAAGGCCAAUGUAAUGGAAAGAGUGGCUUAAUCCCAAUUUGCUACGUAGAGUCUGCUUCUGACCCACAGAGAGAUGAACAAAAAGCACUUGAUGAAAUUGCCAUUGCUAGAUUCAGAUUUGCUGCCUUGACUAACAUAGAACUGCCAUUGGAAAAGAACCAGUCAGUCGUCCUGCUCAGGAGAAUAGAUGAGAACUGGUAUGAAGGAAAAUAUCCAGGGACAAAUCGGAAAGGGAUAUUUCCUGUCACAUAUGUUGAAGUCAUUGGUAAAUCAACUGAUGUGCCUGUCUUCCACCAACAUCUUCCAACAUCUGAGAAUGAUUUGAAAAUAAAAAUGACUUCCCAGAGGCCUGUUCAACAGCUUCAGCAAAGGAGCAUGAAUAAUGAGAACAUUCAGUCUGGUGAAGAAAUAUAUUUGGCUUUAUAUUCAUUUUCUCCCAACAAGGAAGAUGAACUGGAGGUCAAACAAGGAGACAUCAUUAACGUUGUGAAGAAAUGUGGUGAUGGUUGGUACUUCGGUACAUCCAGAAGAACCAAGAAGUUUGGCACUUUCCCAGGAAACUAUGUGGAAAAAUUGUGUUUAUGACCAACAGAACUGAUUCUCCAAUUCAACCAAGAUAAUAUCCUGGGUGAAUUCCAAGUCUAAAUGGGUCAGGACAUGCACUGAAGUGAACAUUCUGUAGGCAAAGUGAAGUCCCAGUGGUAGAUUAAUUUGGCCCAGAAUUAACUGGAAGAUUUUGGUUGAUGCAUAUGUUUUUCUUUAAAGAAGUCUAGAUCCAUUUGAUUUAUGCUGUCCCUUAUCUCAAGUCACGGCUAUAUGAAAGCUUCCAUGUUACAUUCACUGCAAUAUCACUUCACUCAUUAAUGGCUGUGCAAAAUAUCAGGAAACAGGAAUUGUUACAUUUUCCUAAGUUCUCCAGACAUAAGCUUCGAUGCAAAACUUUGGGAACAGCUGGAACUGAAAUCAUGCCUUGAUUGUAAUUCUUUAACAAUUUAUUUUUAAAAGUUUUUAAAAGUUUUAAAAGUUAUUCUUUCUUAUUGAGACCUGAUUGAAUCCCACUUUCCAGCAUGUGACCCAUAGUUUUGAAUGUGACCACAUUUCAAGGGCUUAUCCAUGUGUGCUUGAAAGGUUAUGAGAUCUUCCUCUUCUCCCACUCUUCUAAGUGAUUUUCACCACCCUCUUGGUGAAAUAAUGUUUCCUCAAAAUCCCUCCGAACCUCCUGUCUUUCACUUUAAAAUUAUGCCCCUUGUUUUUGUUCCCUUUGAUAGCUGCUUUCUAUCAUCCUGUCCAUGCUCCUCAUAAUAAUAUCCACCUCAAUCAGGUCCUCCAUCAGACCUUGCUGCAAUAAAGAAAACAACCUGAGUUUAUCCAGCCUUUCUUCCAUGUUAAAAUGCUCCAAACCAGGUGACAUCUUGUUGAAUCUCCUCUGCAUCCCCUCCAGUGCAAUCACGUCCUUACUAUAAUAUGCUGACCUGAACUCCACACAGUACUCAUGCUGUGGCCUAACCAAAGUUUUGCACAGCUUCAACAUUGUCUCCCUAUUCUUCCAAUCAAAGCCACAACUGAUAAAAGCAAGUGUCCACUAUGACUUCUUAACUAUCCUAAUAACUUGUCCUUCAACCUUUGUGACUUUGUGGACAAGAACUCCAAAUUCUUCUGUUCCUCUGAACUUCUUAGCUUCUGAAUAUGCUGCCUUUCUUUGAGUUGUGAGCGUGUUGCUGGGAAAGCACGGCAAGUCAGGCAGCAUCCGAGGAGCAGGAGAAUCCAUGUUUCGGGCAUAAGCCCUUCAUCAGGAAUGAAGCUUGUGGGCCAGGGUGCUGAAAGUAAAUGGUAGGGGGUGGGGCUGGGUAGCUGAGAAAGCAACAGGUGGAUGAAGGUGAGGGAGAAGGUGAUAGGUCAGAAGGGAGAGUGAUGGAUAGGUCCAGAGGGUGGUGCCAAGUUGGAGUCUUGGGACUGGGAUAAUGUGGGGGGAGGGGAAAUGUUGAAAUCCAUAUUUAUCCCAUGUAGAGGAAGGAGGUAGAAUCGGGGUGUGCAGGGUUCACAGACAAUAAGAUUGGAUACUGUAGAUGGGAGAUCCCCAGCGGUGAUGAGAGAUAGUCUGAGAGAUGAUAGUUUGGUGAUGGGAGGUGGGGUUGUGGUCAAGGGGGCAGUAGGUGGAGGUAUCUGAGAGUUGGCGCCUGGCUUCAGUGGUGUAGAGGCCAGUGAGCCAUACUACUAUGGCACCCUCUUGUCUGGUUUGAUGGUGAGGUUGGGGUUAGAGCAGAGGGAGUGAAGGGCUGCGCAUUGUGAGGGCAGGAAGUUGGAGUGGGUAAGGGGGGAGGACAGGUUGAAGUGAUCGAUGUCACAGCGACAGUUUGAGAUGAAGAGGUCAAGAGCAGAGAACAGACCGGCACCGGGUGUCCAGGUGGAUUGGGUGUGUUGGAGGCGGACGAAGGGAUCCUUGGUGGGUGGGCGGGUGUCCUGGUUGAAAAAGUAGGCCCGGAGGCAGAGGCAGCGGAAAAACAUUCAAGAUUGCAGUGUUUAUCAAUCUCAUUAAUCUGGGAGCAUAGAGGCAUAAAGGUGUGGGCUUUGCUGAGGACUAAACAUUUAUCCUCAGUGAGGGGGAGGUCUGGGGGAAUGGUGAACACACAAGCUGGGAGCUAGGACCUGGAGUGGGGCUGGACCUGGAGGUGGGGUGGAGACAGUUGCUUGAGUGGGCAUGAUUAUACGGUCAGGAUUGACGCCACCAACAAAAGUGACACUCACAAAGGGGACAGAAGUGGGGCUUUUGGCUGUGUCCACAGGAGGGAAAGUGACGCGGCUGGUGUUUCGGUUUGGUUCUCGAUGGGUGCCAUUCAUUGAGUAUUCCAUUGUCUUACUACAACUUCCAAAGUGCUUCAUCUCAUCUUUUCCAAGAGCAUUAUAUCUCUGAAUAUGUUUUGGGAGCAAUUGUAUUUUCUUUAAAAAACAGUGUUUAAUGUGCAAAAGGGAUAGUUUGAUGCCUUUCAAUUUAGUUUUCACAAUAACAUUAAAAAUGACUUAAAGAAGAAAGUAGGAAAAUAUUCUGUAACUUCCUCAGGCUCUGACCUUUUGUGUUGAUUCUGUUCAUCUAACAUGAGUUUUUACUCAAUUUCAUAUCAAUGUACUUCAGGAAAUUAAAUUGAAAUAUCCUUAAUAGACCAUUUUAUGCCUUCUCCUAUCUCUCGGAAUAUGAUAACAUGUUCCAAAUAAAUUUCUGACCUAACAAAACCAAACUGCAUUCACAGAACUAAUGAAUCUAUUUAACUUUAUUUCACAAUUCAAAUCUCAAAUGUUAAUAGUUUCUAAUGUACACCAGAGUCAUACAGAUUAACGCACCCUUAAACAUUACAUUUUCAACUGUAGAGUUGGAUACUUGUUCAAACAGACCUAACUCAAGUUGCUAUCCCAUGGAGAUGGACUCGUUCCAUAGCUAUCUCCCUCAAGCUCUACUUCUUCAGAGCAGGCACUUAUUAGCAAAAUAUUUACAUAAGGCUGCCUGUCCCAAAUACUUCAGUGAAUGAUAAAGAAUCUGUACUUUAUUUGUGAAGAUGCAUUGUAUUUAUAAAUUGUGGAAAUCACAUCAUUUGCAUUGAUUGCAAUUUCCUUGUCACUAGAUGUAAUCUGUAUUAGGCAAUGAU